GGAAUGUUUUCCACUUUCAAUCACACACAAGGCGCUCUUUAAGCUCCGCUGUUGCCACACAGAGCAGCCAUUCAUCGGCUCUACAGUCAGCCACACACUCCCAUGUUGAACCAUUGGACAUCUAAAUUGGUGUAGCAGCUUUUGCGUAAACGGAUUUCCAGCCGACGGUGGAGAGGACACUUUUACGCAGCAGUAUGGCUUUGCCUGAGAAGAGUCAGCAGUAACUGGGAUCGUUGUAGACUCCAAACAUCUUAUUCAGUUAAAACGAAUUCAUUACACUGAAUAGUUUGGACUCUCUCGAAAACUAAUUUUGCAUUCAAAGGGGGGGUCUUGUCAUUAAUUGAAAGUAAAAUUUGAAAAAAAAAAAAAAAAAAAUGUCGGGCGAGGAGCACAGCCUGUCCGAGGCGGAGCUGAGUCCCGGAGGGUCAGACGAUGGUCAUUCACUCUCACCAACUCAACCCGGAGCGCCGCCCGGCCAGGACUCACCUCUGACCGGGCCGCCGCAGCAGCUGACCGCGCUCUGUGUCGCGGAUGGCAGCGGGGAUGAUGGAGGCAGAUCCAGAGCCAAAUCAGAGGAGGAGGACGAUCGCUUCCCGAUCGGUAUCAGGGAGGCGGUCAGUCAGGUGCUGGACGGAUAUGACUGGACACUUGUGCCUAUGCCGGUGCGCGUAAACAACGGAAACAAAGCAAAGCCCCACGUCAAGAGGCCCAUGAACGCCUUCAUGGUGUGGGCUCAAGCGGCGCGGAGGAAACUGGCCGACCAAUACCCCCACCUGCACAACGCGGAGCUCAGCAAGACCCUGGGCAAACUGUGGAGGCUGCUGAACGAGAACGACAAGAGGCCAUUCAUCGAGGAGGCGGAGAGGCUGAGGAAACAGCACAAGAAGGACUACCCAGAGUACAAGUACCAACCCCGGAGACGCAAAAACGGCAAACUAACGACUGCUAGUGAGUCUGAUAGCCAGGGGGAAGGGGAGGCCAGCCACUCCCAGUCACACUACAAGACCCUGCAUCUAGAGCACAACGGCGGGGCCGGGUCUCCCCUGGGUGACCUGCACCACCAUCACCAUCACCACCACCAUCCUGCUGGUCAGGGUCACAGCCCACCCACGCCCCCCACCACCCCAAAGACAGAACUCCAGUCUGGGAAACUGUCAGAUUCCAAGAGGGAUGGGGCAGCAGGAGCGGCCGGAGGAUCAGGGGGGUCCAGGGGAGCCCUCGGGGUGGGGGCUGAAGGUGCAUCCGGUGGUCCCUCGUCAUCAGGCGCUAAACCCCACAUCGACUUUGGCACCAUGGACAUCGGCGAGAUCAGCCACGAGGUGAUGUCCAACAUCGAGCCAUUUGAUGUAAACGAGUUUGACCAGUACCUCCCUCCAAACGGCCACCCGCAGAGUGGAACCGGCGCCCCUUCAGCUGGAUCCUCGGCCUCAUCUUAUGCCUACGCCCUGGCUGCUGCUAGUGGGCACUCCGCCUGGCUCUCCAAACAGCAGCAGCAGCCUCAGGCCUCUCCGUCUUCCUCCGACCCCUCCAAGGCCCAGAUCAAGAGCGAGUCUGCGUCUGGGAGCCACUACGCUGAGGCCUCGUCCUCUCCCUCCUCAGGCACCCAUGUCACCUACACCCCUCUCAGCCUCCCUCACUACGGCUCCGCUUUCCCCUCGCUGGCCUCCAGGGCUCAGUUUGAGUAUGGAGAGCACCAGGCCCCGGGGGCGUACUAUGCCCACUCCAGCCAGGCCCCGGGGCUGUACUCAGCCUUCUCCUACAUGGGCCCUACACAGAGGCCUCUGUACACUACCAUAGGAGACCCCUCCAGCGUGGCCCCCUCUCACAGCCCCACACACUGGGAGCAGCCUGUUUACACCACACUCACAAGACCUUGAGGGAGACCAGCUGAGCAGAGGGAAAUAUGGGAAGCGUGUGAGUGGAUCUGUGUGUCUGUGUGUGUGUGUGUGUGUGUGUGUGAGUGUGUGUGUGUGUGUGUGUGUGUGUGUAUGUGUGUGUGUGUGCAAAUACGCAGCAUGUGAUUGUGUAUAUGUGUGUGUGUCCAUGCCAUAUUGAUGUUGUAUUAGAGGUUUUUACUUUUUUAGCCAAUAUAAUGCAAGACGCAUCCACGGGGCCUUACACAGAUGAAUAAAAAAACAGCCACAAACUCACACAGUAUAAGGUGUGAAUCAUGGGUCAACAGCCAAUCAAAAGAUAAAUAAACUUUAACAAAUGUGUGCCAUCAAAAAUAUUUGAGUUGGGAUGUACAGCAAGUUUGUAUACAAGAGACGAGACGAGUGAGAGAGACACUGAGAGUGGAUAGAUGUGGACGAGUGACUCAGUUUUGACCCAGACGCGAUGGGUUCAGACUGACAUAAUCAGAUUUUAUUAACCAAACUAAAGGAUGUUUUUGAUGUCAUUGUGUUAUUUUAUAUGAGUAGUAACUUUAUUGUCAUUGUUGAUAUCCUAGGGUGUAACUUUAUUGUGACUGAUUUGAUAUUACACUUACACAUCUGCACCACUGCUUUGGGAAAAAGCAUGUAUUGUUUCAAUAAGAUGUUCCCUGGGGUUGUUGUUUUUUUUUUCGUGGCCAGAAAAGGAUAGUUGCAACCUUCUUUCUUUGUAGAUAGCACAGUCUGUAUUUCUGUCCUUUCUUUACAUGGACUUCACUGAACUGAGCAAUUAAGCAUUUAAGGGGAAAAUAGGAAAAAGAGAGGGAAAGAGAGCUCUUAAAGGUGUAUUUCAGCUUAUCGCUCAGUCUUGGACACUUACCUCAACUCUUUUCAUUUUGUGCCAGUAGCAAAGGAGGAGUGUGACCCUGGAUACCUGAUCGACUGAGGGUAUUCAAUAUAUCAGAACCUUAAAUGUCCACUUCAGUCUUCUUUUUUGCUUCCUAAGUGCCUAACAUUUUUUGCUGAUUCACAUCUGAUUUAUCCAAUUACUCAGUUAAAAUCUAUAAGCACAAAGUCUCAACCAAACCUCUCCAGAUAAUUGGCCAGCUUUGGGUCCUACUUAAGGAUUAGAAUCACAUGUAUGACCAUUCUGCGCUGCAUGUAGGCCAAAAGCAUGUUUUAGUCUUUACAAAUAGCCCUCUUCCUCUUCAGCAAUGUGAAUAAUGGUCAUUACCACAGGUUUCACCUUUAUUAAGUGAUGCAUACUUUAUCAUUUUAUACUGACCCUCUUACCAUGUAGUUAUUAUUUUUAUGUAAGUAAUAAUGCAUUGUGUGUCACAACUUUGCUUCUUCCAUUUUGUAUAAUUCUGGAUAGUUUUGUAAAGUGUUUGCUAUACAUUCACUUGAGUAUUUUGGCUUCCUUACAAGAAAAGCAAUGUUGAAAUAUUAUUGUUGUCAUUUAUUAAAUCAAUUUAUUUAUAAAAAAAAAAAAAAUGCUGUGUAAGAUCGUGGUUUUAUGUGGCAGUGUUGGUGUGGAGAAAACACAUGGUGCAGUUAGCAAGUGAAGGGUGAAAAAAAUUUAAAACACGCUGCUGACGUGUGAACUGCAAUAAAAACACAAUCGGCGCCCCACCAA